CACCAGGGACGGGUUUUCGGAACCGGAAAAAAUGAUAUUCCGGAGGAAUACCAAAAACACGCUUUAUUAUUUACAUGUAAAUAAACCAUCUAAUUAAUUAAUUGCACUACAAUUACGAUGCCAGACAAUACUGUGUUUGAUCCUACCGAUAAAGGGACCCUUUGGCCUAAUAAGGAUCCACUGCGUAAGCAGGGGAGUACCUUUAAGCCUAUGCAAUUGCCCGAAUUCGGCUGGGAAAUCACCUUACCUGAAGACGUUUCUCCCGAUAAUUCUAUUACUUUAUUUACUAUAUAUUAUACCCCCAAAAUUAUUGAUUUGAUAGUUAAGAAGACGAAUAAUUAUAUGCGAAAACCUCAAGACGAAUCCUGCCCUUAUAUACGAGCAAACGACUGGUACCCAAUAUGCUAUAGAGAGAUAUAUAUCUACCUUGCGAUUCGAAUAUAUAUAAGCUUGCAUAUGGAUAAUGAGAUCGCAGACUAUUGGAUAAUAAAGGAUAUAACAUCUGAGCACCCAAUUACGAAGUAUUUAAGUAGGAAUCGGUUUCAGGAGCUCCAUAUGCGUGUGCGAUUCCAUGGAAAUCAGGAACAAGGCCUAUAUGAGAAGCAGGUCGAAGCCCUUAGUAGACACAUUCAAGAGGUUAAUUUGAGAGUUUGGAAGCCUGGACGGGACUUGGCAGUGGACGAGAUAAUCGUACGAUUUGAAGGUCGAUUAAAGGAGACAACUACUAUUCCAAACAAGCCCAUACCUACAGGAUAUAAGGUCUGGGGAGCAGCCCAGAGGGGGUUCUUACUUGUGUGGAACUGGCAUAUUCCUGGAUAA